CACACACAUAUCACAGGAAAUUAAGUGAUAAGCGUGGUGCAAAUUCAAUGGCGAUGAUGAUGGAGAGAGUUAUAGUUUUGUUAAUAGUGAUGUCAGGUUUGCAGAGCGGAUCACAUGGAGCAGUGUAUAAGGUUGGAGACUCAGCAGGAUGGACUAUCAUUGGCAACGUUGAUUACAAUUCCUGGGCUUCUCCCAAGACCUUCCAUGUCGGUGACACUAUCAUAUUUGAAUACAAUGAGGAGUUCCACAACGUGAUGAGGGUGACGCACGCAAUGUACAGAACAUGCAACACGUCAGCUCCAUUGGAGAGCUAUGCAAGCGGGAAUGAUUCCAUCAAGAUUACAAAAUACGGACACCACUUCUUCAUCUGCGGAGUCCCCGGCCACUGCCAAGCUGGACAGAAGGUUGACAUCAACGUCCACAGGCCUAAUAAUGUCACACAACAAGCAGCAUCACAGGCACCGGCACGGGCACCGUCAUCAUCUUCGGCAUUCGCGUAUUCAGUUCCAGUUGCACCGGCACCUGCUCCAAGCAAAGCAGCACCCUCAACGACAAAAACAGGACUUGUUCCUUUCUUGGUUUCAGCCCUCCUACUCAUUGCUGGAUAUACUACCGCUUAGCUUCUUUUGCAUUUCCUUAGUAUGCAUGCAACUCAUCAAGCCAAGCCUCCUUGUUUUCUUAUGUUUUUUUGUUCACUAAUUUGUUUUUUUUAAUUAUACUAAAAAUUUAUUACUAAAUUAGACAUUAUGCGAAUAUUUUAUUUACGUUUUGGUAUACAUCUAAAAUAUUUGUUAUUAACCAGUCAAGUGUCUUUUUAGUUAUUGUUGGCGUUCGUCUGUGGGGUCUCUUUUAAUCAUUUGGUUGGGGUUUUCCUGUAGGAACAAGUUUUCCUCCUUUCUCAGAGCUCAUUAUGAUUAUGCAUAGCUUAGAACUUAGGCAACCUUGUAA